GCUCGGUGACGUUAUGACCCGGCGUUGAGUUGUGAUUCGUGCUCAUCACUCGUGUUUCCGCGCUCCCAAUCCAUCACCACAUGAAUCACACAUUCUUGACCCCGAGGGUCACGGAGCAUAUGUGACCAGAACCAAAUUUAACCAAUCUUUACAUCAUCGUGUCUUCCGAUCUUUGAUACUAUUCUCGCGGCUUUAGGAAUAGCUCAGCACGCAUUGUGUAACUCGAAGUCUGCAUUGACGCCCGCGCUCUAACAUUGCGCGAAUAAUCAUUCGGCACGUGGAGGGAUGCAGGACAUACGCAACCAUCACGAAAAGAGGGGUUCGUAUCUUGGGUCAGUAUGUUUCCACAAACACAAUCUCGCGUCGAACCCUCAAGUGAUACUCAUCGACUCGUUAUACCCAGUCGGUUUGCGAAAUGGAGCAACCGCGAUCGACGGUGGCGUUUGAAGUGAGGAACCAGCAAGGGAUUCAACUAGGGGUGAACAACGGUUCAAUUACUUUCAAUACGGUCUCGCCCGAAGCCACCCCUUCGGCCACUCCACGGCCAGACAACAAUUGGUUUCUCAUCCCGUACGCGGAGAACAAAGACUUUGUUGGCCGGACAGAACUCCUCCGCAAUUUGCAGGAGCUUCUAUUCAAACCCAACUCACCGAGGCGGGUCGCGCUCUUCGGUCUUGGUGGCAUCGGAAAAACGCAAAUAGCCAUCCAAUAUGCAUACUAGGUUCAGCACGAACUCGGCGAUGUAUCAGUCUUCUGGGUCCACGCAACCAGCGCCGAGCGGUUUCACCAUGCCUACGGUGAGAUUGCGCAAGAAUGUCAGAU